ACUUCGUUCCUGCGCACUGCAGGUCGUAGAAGUCUACCAUGGCCCCUAAGAAAUCGGUAUUCAGGCAGCCUGGGGCGAGGCACUUUCAGCUUGUGCACAGGUCGCAGCGCGAUCCGCUCAUUCACGACCCCGAAGCAAGUCAGCAUGUCCUGAAGCCAUUCGAGCGGGAAAACGUCAAAAAGGGAAAAUCCAGAGCAGAACUCGAAUCCUACCUCUCCCCCUCCGACCUCGCCCAUGACCUCCAGCGCCCCAACAUCGGCGAGGCCGCCCUCUACGGCAUCUACUACGACGACACCGAGUACGACUACAUGCAGCACCUCAAGCAGGCCGGAGUCCAAGAAGAAGGCGUCGAGAGCGUCCUCAUCGAGGCCCCGCAGCCGCCCAAGGCGAAGGGCAAGGGCAAGGUCCCUAUCCAGCUGCGCGACCUCCCCGCGGAGGCGCUGCCCUCGACGUCGGAGCUGCCGAGGAACUAUGAUUCGUUGGCGGCCGUGCCGUCGAGCAUUGCGGGCUUCCAGCCGGACAUGGACCCGCAUUUACGCCAGGCGCUCGAGGCGCUCGAGGACGAUGCUUUUGUGGAUGAAGGGUUGGAGGAUGAUUUCUUCGCGGAACUCGUGGCCGAGGGUGAGCGGGACGAAACAGAGCCAUUCGAGUACGAGUUCAAAGAAGACGGCUUGGAAGAGGGAGAAGAGGUUGGGGAGGCAGAGGAGGAAGACCAGUCAUGGGAAGCCCGGUUCAAGCAAUUCAAGAUCUCGCAAAAACAAGCUGGGCCUCCUACAGAUCCCGCCUCUGAAUUUGAGGACGAGGAAGACAGGGACACUGUCUCCGGACUGCCCCAGAUCGCCGUGAUUGGCGGUAAGCGCAGAAGAAAGAAGACAUCAGAUGCAUCUGGUUACAGUAUGAGCAGCUCCUCGAUGUUCCGCAACGAGCACCUCUCCGUCCUGGACGAACGGUUCGACGCCAUCGAGAGGGAAUACGGCUCCGACGACGACUUCGACGACGCCGCCUCGCACUCCUCCUCCUCGGACGAAGCCCCGCAACUCAUCACCUCCCGCGAAGACUUCGAGUCCAUGCUCGACGAGUUCCUCACCGACUACGAAAUCCUCGGCAACAAAAUGAAACACGUGCUGUCCGGCGACACCGCCGCGGAGAAACUCGACACGCUCCGGCGGGCAAUGGGUCAGGACGACCGCGUCAGAGUGGAGCAAGGAGCGGACGCAGAGGAGGAGGAGCCGCGCGAGUUUACGUGGUUCGCGGAGGAGAAGGAGGACAAGUGGGACUGCGAGACUAUCCUUAGCACAUAUAGUAACCUCGAGAACCACCCCCGGAUGAUCAGCGCUCGGACCAAGUCGGUGCCCAAAAUCCGCCUUGACCCUCGAACAGGACUUCCCUCCGUGCAAGAGAAACCCGAACGCAAAGCUAAACCUCCCAAGGAGGAAGUUGACGACGACUCGGAUCUCACGGAGAACGAGAGAAUAGGCCCUGUCAGAGUCACGGUAGUCAGGACCCGCAACGAAUCCAAGGAAGAGAAAAAAGCCAGGAAACAAGCCGUCAAGGCUGAACGCCGGACUCGCCGCGCAGAGAAGAAAUCCACGAAAGAGGAAUUCUCCAACGAAAUUAAGCAACAGACGAGCCGCAUCGCACAAAAGGGGAAUUCGGCGAGAAUGCGGAAGCUAUGAUAGCGCGUGUUCCAUUAUAGAGUAGCAAUACAUACACUUGGCGAGACUACAAGAGGAUUGAAUGCGACAAUAUAAUACAAGUACUGCAUGGGUAUCAAUAGACAGGAUAUGAU